AUGCCCAAUUACAUCUACAGCAUUCAUAGUAAACUAAUUCAUGCUCAACUCCUCAAACAGUACAACAAAACUCGAGAUGUAACCAGGAUCUCAGUCACUCAGUGCCACCACCCACACCCUUGUGCAUCUUUCGCUUGUGCAGAAAAUCUCCCAAGUGUAUCUAAAGCAUGCACACCACCAUCGAAAUCCCGGUUCAUGAAGGAUCACUGGUUGGAUUGA